ACAAUAAUUUCCCUUUGAUAACUUUCAAUUGUUAGAGCACAAAAGCCAAAAAUAUUGGCUGUCAUUCAAACAAAUAUAGAAGGAACUGAAAAAUAUACAUAUCGACGUAUCACACUGGUAUCGAUCUGAUAUCAUUGGUAUGGAUGUUUGGAUCGAUUUGGUCACCUUCCCAAAUAAAAGCCUCAGCUGCAGUGCUGCUGCAUCACUAGACAUCCCUGGAUACCAAAGACAACAAUGAGGCUAUUCACAUGUUGGCUUAUGCUACUUCCACUUGUGACAGCGGCCUCGAUAAGAGCUCCGAGAGAAAAUGUUUUAAGCUUUCUCAACGAUGCACUUGGAGCAGCCACUGAAAAGGCCAUAUCUGAAAACAUGACAGCACCCAAAAAACCUCCAAUCAAACCAGAGGAAGAGGAUUCUCAAGAUGUUUCCGAUGAUCAAUCUAAUGAACGUGGCAACCAACAUGCGUUUGCAGAACCUGGACUAUCUGAUGCAAACCUUGCAGAUGUUAGCAGAGACGACAGCUUCGAAGUUCCUCAGACAAAAGAAGUUGUUCAACCGCUAACCGGCAGGCAAGUGGAAGCAGCCAUUGUGGAUGUGACCAGCAUGGCAUCUCCCGAUCCUCAAAGCAACGAGCAUGUUGAUCUGGACAGUGAGGAAGACGGUGUAAGAGUCGCAGCUGUCCAAGGUCCAGAGAAAGCCUCCCCUGCAGGGCUCAGCUUGUUGGGCCAAAGUGGAGAAUUACACAGUUUGGAGGAAAGCAACGUGAGACCUGCUGCGGUGGUCAGACAAAUGGACUACGAUGAAACAAGAGAAUUUGUGAGUUCUGAGACACAUCCAAUUGCCAAGUAUCCUGUCAAGUCCAGCCAAAAAAACCUUUAAUGGGAACAAUCCUAGAAGUAUUUUUUUUUAGCAAACUUCUUUGUAUUUUGUUGUUGUUUUUUACCGUAUAAUUUUGUUUGCAUUUAUGUAGUUUGUCCUGCAGCCAUGAGGAAUACAACGUAGACUAGAAAUGUUUCUUUUCUUCCUGGAAAUUACUCACAGAUGUUGACUCACAGAAAGCAGACAGCUUGAUUCUAAGUAUACUCUUCCUAAAAUAAGACACAACAUUUAAAAUAGUCUUAAAAUGUGUGUCCUGUCAGCAGAUACUGGUGAUUUUUUUUAAAUUGUCAAACAUUAAAAGUACCAAGUGAUAAAAAGAUCAUGAGCAAUCCUUGCAUUGGUGUGUGUGAGUCACUGGAAGAAAAGUUUUGACUUGUUUGGAUAACCAUUUUUAAGUUAAGUUAAAGUACCAAUGAUUGUUACACACA